AUGAAGUUGGCAAAUCACCUUAUUAAAGAUGCUCUAAUGCUAGUGGGGUUUGAAGCUAUAAAAGAAGAUAUAGCAGUGUUUAAUUGUCUUAAACAAUACCUAAUGUUCGAUUGUAUUCUUGUCUUUUCCAUUUCAGAAGGGUCAGAUGUAAACAUGGAAAAUACAAAUGCAUCACCAGCACGUUACUUGUUGAAGAUUGAAUCCUUUUCGUCGCUCUCAGACAAUGGUAUUAUCAAGUAUGAAUCAAAUGAGUUCAAGUCCGGUGGCUACAGCUGGAAAAUGAUCAUUCAUCCUGAUGGAAAUGAAGAUGGACAAGGCCAUAUAUCUGCAUACUUGGCCAUCGUUGCGACAACCUCCCUUCAAGCUGAUUGGGAGGUGAAUGCCUCAUUUAGCUUCUUGAUAUUUGAUCAGAUUCACGACAACUAUAAUCUAUUGAGAGGGAUGGAGCGGCGUUUCCGCAAUAUCCAGACUGAAUGGGGUUUCUCGAAAUGUAUAUCUCAUGCAACAUUCAAAGAUCCCUCUAAUGGUUACCUUGUUAGUGACAAAUGUAUCUUUGGAGUAGAUGUAUAUGUCAUCAAGAACCAGGGAAUAGGUGAAUGUUUGUCCUCAUUGAAUGACAUUGAGCCUUAUAAACACGAAUGGAAGAUUUCUGAAUUCACAAAAUUGAAGAAUGAAGUGUGUUCUGAAGAGUUUACUGUUGGGGAUUGUAAAUGGAAACUUUCAUUAUAUCCUAAAGGUAAUAUUGGACAAAAUGGCCAGAACAUCUCCGUCUUUCUUGAAUCAGUUGAUGCUGAAAGAUUUGACUGCCAAAAAAAGGUGAAGGCAAAAUUUAGCAUUUCCAUCAAAGACAGGAUUAGUGGUAAACAUCACAAGAAGAGUGGUUUGACAUUAGAGAAUGUAGAAAAGGGGAAGAGAAUGAAGGGAUUACGCCGUCAUAUUGAUGGUAAUCGAAAUAACACAGAAAUCAUGGCACUGUUGCUUUUAAGAUACAUCUUUUGA